AUGCCGAGCCAGUUAGCUUACACCUUACAUCACGACAAGAUACAAGUUGAGUCUUUACUUGCCGAGCAUAUAUGCCAAGUUGUCGAUUGCCGAAUAAGCCGCUCUCACCAAUUGAAGUUGAAGGUCAAAGCCAUUCCAUCCCGGCCCGGUAUCGCCGACUGA